AUGACUAAAACUCAGGAGGAAACGCUGAGAAGGGAGCUCACUGAGUUGGGGAGUGUGGUGAGGACUUUUGCCAAUAAAAAUGAUGGGAUAGAACAGUCUGUGAGGGCAAUGGAGUAUAGGCAGGAGAGCACAGAUAAAGCCAUGAAAAAUUUAGAUAAAAAAUAUGAGGGAAUGAUGAACAUGAUGGCACAGAUUAUGUCCAAAUUGAAUGAUAAGGGAAAGGGAGUAGGAGAAGGUAGCUCCGGAAAUGGCCAGAUAGCAGAGGGAGUUAAGGAGAAAAAUGAAAGAAAUGAGGGAAGGGGGGGAGCCAAACUACCUAGGAUGGAUUUUCCUUUGUUUGAUGGAACCAAUCCCAGGGAAUGGGUUAGGAGAGCUAACAAGUAUUUUCAGAUAUAUGGAGUUGAAGAGGAAAUGAAGACUGAUAUUGCUCAACUCUACCUCAAGGACAGAGCAGACAUCUGGUUCCAUGGAAUGUACUCUGAAAGAGGAGCAGUUCCAUGGAGAGAAUUGGCCUUGGCAAUUUGUGAAAGAUUUGGAGAGGGAGACCCCACAGGAGGCCAUCGAGGAGUUCAACAAACUGGUAGUAUAGCAGACUACCUGAAAAAAUUUGAAACGCUAAAAUCACUGGUAAUGACCUCACUCCCUGGACAACCUGAUUCCUAUUACAAAUCUUGCUUCCUUAGUGGCCUGAAGGAUGAAAUUGUCAGUAUGGUUAGAAUGACCAAACCUCUUACAUUAGCAGAUGCUAUUGAGACUGCUAAGUUGCAGGAAAAGAAUCUAGAAGCCAUUAAGAAAGCACAGGGUAGGGGUAUACAGAAACCUUCAACACCACCACCAUUACACACCACUUUUCCACCAAGCAGACUGAAAUGGCCUAAUCACCAGAAACCAGACCACCAUGCCAACAAAAAUACCAAGCUAGGGGGACCAUCAACCGCCCACUAUAAGGGAAUCACCCCCUCUGAAUUUAGCUACAGAAGGGAAAAGGGGUUGUGUUUCAAGUGUGCUGAACCAUACACUCUAGGACAUACUUGCAAACAAGCUCAUAUUCACUACAUAGUAGUGGAUGAGCCUACUGAAUCUGACACACCAUUGGAGGAACAAGGGGAGAGUGCUGAAGAGUAUAGUGACUGUCCUGAGGGAGGCAUCAGCAAAGAGAGCAUAGAGGUCUCCAUUCAUGCCUUAGCAGGGGGAAAUAAGCACAAAACUAUCAAAAUGAGGGGAAGGCUUGCAGGAAGGGAACUGCUAAUACUCAUUGAUAGUGGCAGUACUCACUGCUUCAUGGAUGAAAAAUUGGCACAAGAUUUAAAGCUCCAGACCACUGGUACCACCUUUACAGUAAAUGUGGCUAAUGGGGAGAAGCUGGGAUCCAGACAGCUCCAACAGGAGAUAUUUUGGGAGAUGCAAGGGCAUAAAUUCCAUCACCAAUUCAACACACUCAAACUAGGCAGCUGUGACCUGAUACUUGGGGUUGACUGGUUGGCCAAACACAGUCCCAUCGAAUUUGAUUUUCAGCAACUAACUAUGAAAUUCUUGAAGGGAAAGGAAUCAGUGAUGCUGAAAGGGGAAGUAGAGAAACUAAAGCUGAAAGCUAUCAAGGGAAGCAAACUUGCCAAAUGGAGAAGGAAGCAAACCUAUGGAAUCACUGCUCAAAUCUAUCUGGUGGAAGAAGGUAGAGGGAACCAGGAGCAAAUUCCAACAGCAAUGGGAGAACUAUUAAAGCAGUUUGAGACUGUGUUUUCAGAACCACAUGGCAUGCCCCCAAUCAGGAGCCAUGAUCAUACCAUUCCACUAAAAGAAGAAGUAGCACCAUUCCAAAAUAGGCCAUACAGAUGUCCUUAUGUAUAG